AUGGCGGCUGAGAUCGAUGAGAUCCCAGGUGACUAUGGCAUAGUGUGGUACGAGGGGGACGACAACGGCUAUGAGGGGCUGUUCUUGAGGGAGGAUGCGGUGCCGUGGGACAGGAUCCAGGAGCUUCGUGAGGAGGCGAGGGCUCUGAUCGAGUCCGAGGGGCUGACAGAGUUUCGGCACUCCAGAGUGUUCGAUCAUGAAG